AUGGAUCAUCAAUAUAAUUAUACUUACAAUAACGAAGAGAUAUUAAUUAAUGAAGAAACUGUAACGGAUAUAAAUGAAAAUGCUACCAAUGCAUGUGUUCAAGAAAAAAUAGAAGAUGAUUAUUUAAUCGAAUUAUACAGGGAAGAAAGAAGAUUUCUAUAUGAUAAAAGAAAUCGAGAUUUUAAGGACAAUGAAUUAAAAAAUAAUGCCUGGGAAGAAAUAUCUUUAAUUAUGACAAAGGAUAAAAAUCUUGGGAAUCACUACACAGCUGAAUAUUGUAAAAAAAGAAUGACGACUUUAAGAGAACAAUACGCCAAAUUAAAGAAAGAACAAGACUUAAAGAGCGGAAGUGCAGCUUCUACAAAAAAGAAAUCUUCUCUGUUGUCACAGUUGUCUUUUUUAAACGAAUAUAUACAGAAAAGACGAACUGUAACUAAUAUAAAACAAUAUAAAAAUAUACAAAUAUCUGAUGCUAUUUCUCGCAAUAAAAAUGCAACAUCACAGAAAACCGAAGUCAUAAAUAAUGACAAUUUAAAUAAAACAGAAAUUGAAAAAUCUUUGUCAAACCAAGAUAAUGCUAAAUAUGAAUCUGAAGAACCUAUUAAAAAAUCACGUAAAAUGAACAAAAGUUUUGCUAUCAAAAAUGAAAAUGAUGUUCUACAAGAUCUUACUAAUGCAGCUAUGAAUAUUUGUAUUGAGCUACAAAUGAAUUCUACAUCAGAUCAAAACAUUGUUUCUAAAUCUGCAGACCAUGCUUUUGCAGAAUUUAUUACUUUGUCCUUACAAGGAAUGGCGGAGCCGGAACGCAGUAGAAGACGAAAUAAAAUAUUCCAAGAUCUCAUUAUACCACUCGAUGAAAAUUGUAAUCUUUUUUUUACUUAUUUAUGCUCUAUAUUUUCUAAAGUUUUUAUUGAGUAAAAUUCUACCGAGAGUUCAAAUCGGGUCAGAGUCGAGCCGAUUAGCCAAUAACUAUGCUGGUCACAACGAAAAUUAGGUUACUUCCGUUGUAACCAGCAUAACUAUUGACUAAUUGGCCUGACUCUAACCUGAUUUAAACUCUCGGUAGAGACUUACUCAUUUAUGUUACAAAGUUUUGUACUUAAUUUUUAUUUUGUUUUUAUUAUAAAAGUUAUUUUUUUAGUUUAUUUUAUGUUUUUAUUAAACAAGAAA